UACAAACUAAAUGCGUGUCUGCUCCACGCCAGAGCCAUGGCUCUGCUCCACGCUACCUCAGUUUACUUCCGGUGUACCUGUUCAACUCUACCCAUCAUAGCAACGGGAAACCAUGGAAUUUGAUGAGGAGAAACUAUCUCAGUGCCCAGCUGGAUCAGCAGUGGGCAGGAGAAAGGGUGAGGAGUCCAGGAAUAAGACGGUUGAGUUGACGUUGGGGAUGAAAACAUCCAAACCUGUAGUGUCCUUUGAACUUUCUUCGUGUUUUUGUAAGGACAGCGAAUCCUGCAUGUGCAAAAAUAGGCUUUUUGACUCUCCAUCACCACUCUGUCUUUCACCAGCAACUGCUGCAGCACAAACACAGAUGCUGAGCACAAAGCCCAAGGCCAUGGCGCUGAUAGCAUGCAGGCAGCUGACUGAUGGGAACGAGGCGGCCUCUCUCAGGGACCAAUCUCCUCUGCCAAUACUAACACUGAAAGGGACUGUAAGUUUGGAAGGCUCCGACCCCAGAAGGCCCCGAUCAGUUCAUGCAUCCAUCACUGGAACAGCCUCAGUAUCAGCUGCUGAUCAGAAUGAAGCCCCCGGAAUGAGCCUGCAUUUGUCUAAAGAGGGGGAAAAAAGGCAGUAUUACCAAGACCUGUGCCUGCAGGUAGAAGAGAGGAAACAACAGGUGGAAAAGGAGAGACAUAAAAAGGCUGUUGACGAUCAAAAACACAAUGAGACCCAGCAGCAAACCUGGGGGAUGCCAAGAAGUGGUGCCCAAAACCACCAGCAGGGUACAGUGAAACGGAGCAGAAACCUCGACACUGCCGGGAUUUUACCCCAGGAGCAGAUCCGUGAUAGAGGCUUCACUGGGACCCCCUUCCACCACCUCUGAAAUGAAGACCAUAACAUCCCCGAACUGAGGGCUACGGAGCAGACAGGCAAAAAGUAAUCUCUCUGCAGACAUCGGAUAUAUGGGCUGUUUCAGCAGCAAAUUCUGAUGGUUGCAAAGAAUUACAGAAUGUGAAUAAACUUCAACCGAAAAGUCUAAAAUGUGAACAACCCGAGAACUCUAAAUCCAAGAGAGGCCUUCAUUGAUUCUUAAUAAGGAAUACAUAUAAGUCAUUUAAAGCAAGUCCAAGUUGACACUCAAAAAAGACAUAUUUAAAUAACAUAAUCAUACAAUUGUUUCUAGUACUGCUUCACCUCAAAACAAACUGAGUUGGAGGAUUUACUUUAUGCAACUCAGCAGCACUGAAGUCAAGUCCUUAAAUAAUCACUAGAAAGUACAAUCUUGCAGCAGUUUGGAUAAAGUCCAGUCCUCAAGGAACGGUUUGGCAUUUUAAUGAGAUGAGAAGAUUGAUACACCCCUCUCUAGUUUCAUUCAUCUUCAUCAACUCCCAUCAAGCAAGCAAAGAGGAGCAUAAUUUCCCAACAAUUUCCAACUAUUCCUAUUAAUUCAAAAUUGUAUAUAAUAUUUAAGAGUUCUAAUGUUAGGAGGAAUAGGAAAUCAAAUCAGAAACCCUAUUUUACAAGACAACUGUGAGCCUGACUGGAACAACAUUGAAACAUGAGUUUUAAAGUUGUGUUUCAUAAUAGUCACGACACAAACUCUGCAAAGAUUGAUCCUGCCUUGCUUGAAAGUUUGAGAUGACAUCAGCGUCAGUGAAUGUUGUCUUUGCUGAUUUAAGUCCUACUGUCGCCCUGAAUAUGUUGUUACUGUAAUUGUGUCGUACAUACACACAGCCUACAUACAGUCAGACAUAAACAGCUAUAUUGUUUGAAUUACCAAUUUCUCCCUAAAGUUUCUCAUUCCAGGUUAUCUCCAGAUAAUUAUACAGUGAAAAAAGGAUGAAUCAUCUUCAUGUAAUUGCAUGGCUCAGUUAGUGUGACGGGAGCAAGCUCUUAAUGGAAGCAGGUUACUCAUACGCUGUGUGCAUGUAUUACGUUUAUACAGACCAAAGGGCUUUAUUAUGGAAGGCAGCAGCGGCUCUCCUCUUCAGUAGGGGGUAAGUAAUUAUGAUGUAGGGACAGUGAAAUACCAAUGUUUAGAGCGCAGGCUGGCGAGGUUGGUAAUUAUAACAUAAAGCACUUAAUUCUACAGAAGAUGUAUCUUUUGGGUCAUUGUUGCAGCGCGUAACAAUUACACACUAAACAACUAUUCAACAUAUUAUAACUUUUUCUGAGCUUUUACCAACUAGUGAAUUAUGGUUGUUUAGUUGGGUGAAAGAAGAGUAUCAGUUUUUAAGGUAUUUCAUAAAUUCAUUCAUUUCCUUUUCUGGGUCAUAUGACGUGUUUCACUGAAUUACAAAUAUGGGAAACAUUCCACUUCAUUUUGCAUGACCAGCAUGAAAGAUCCAAGCAGCAGCAGUUAGCUCGGGUCAAGGAAGGUCAGAGUUAAUAGUCGGUUACAUCAACAAGAGGGGAUUUAGCAUUUUACUUAAGGCCAUUAAAGAAAGUGAAGUAAAUUAGGGCUGAAGGAUGUCUAACUCUGGCUUGACCAUGUGUCAUGUCAGGUGGGUGAAAAAUCAUUACCCAUACUGUUAAGUCACUGCAAUAAAGCUUAUAUGUCUCCUAUAUUCAGUGGUAACCUCACUAAAGCCUUCUUUAUACUUAGUCAUUUAUCAUUAUUAGACUCCUAGUUUAUUAGUUAUAUUCUCCUAAAAUAAUAUCAAUAGGAUCUAUUGAUACUCCCUGUAAUAUAAUGUAUGUAUUAUUUAAUUAAAGGGAAACAUGUGGUUUGGAUUGUUUUAAGUGGGGUUGUAUGAGGUACUAAUCCAUAGUCAGUGCAUUACCCAUGCUUUCUUCAUAAUCACCAGACUACAUUGACAAAAACAGACAUUUUAGCUCUUAUAACAAUGGGGUUGCUAUAGGCUACUGCUGCCUCGACUUGUUUAUUUUGUGACAUGUUUUUAUGAUUAACCAAAGUAACACAAUAGCUAAUACAUGCUUAUGUAUAAAUACGAAUUAAACAAGUGAUUGUUACCAUCGCCUGAAUCUUACAAAGUUAUGCAUCACAAAUUAUUAUUCGAAUUAUAAAAUUCUGAA